GUCUGAAUCUGGUCGACACGGAAACCAUAGCUAUGACGCUUCUAGCAGCACCAGGCUCUUUGAGUGUGUAGGACCCAGUGUGUGUGUGUGUGUGUUUGUGUGUGUGCCUGUGUGUAUGUGUGUUUAUCAGGAAUAUGAACGUGUCAUCAUCAGGAGAUCAGAUACGCUAGUGUCAUGAGGAGAGCACGCCUCCAUCAUAACAGUGAGAGAAGGAGCAAGUGAGGAAACAGAGGGAGGGAGAAAGAGAGGGAGAGAGAGAGGGAGGGAGAGAAGAGAAGAGAAGAGGAGUUAAAGGGAACUGGAAAGAUUUCAGUUAUAGCGAGUGUGGAUGGAUCCUCAGUAAGCUGCAGUUCCGGUUAGAGAGAGAGAGAGAGAGAGAGAGAGAGAGAAUGAUAGAUAGGAGGCGGGAGUCCGUGUGAACAAGACCUUUGUGCAACUGUGUCUGUGUGCGUGUGUGUGUAUAUGUAGCUUGUGUGUCACUGCGAGAGGUGUGCUGUGCUGUCACUACUGCGACGCUACUUUCUCUCUCAUACACUCACACUCUCAUUCACACACACACACACACACACACACACACUAUUUGCCUGAUGCUCUGUGGAGCUGGCGGACUCCAGGAUGGACUCUGCGCUCUGAGUCUGAGGACAGCGAGCGCCAACACGCACAUGCUCAACCUACUACCUGCCGAUUCUGUUACACCAUAGGACAGUACACACACUCUCACACACACAUACACACACACGUAUUUUUGCAAGCCAUGGAUUCACUCUCCAACGACGUGGACGGGCUGGAGAACAACUCUAUGAAGUACAGCAGGAACGAGCAGACGGAGAAAAUGUGGCUCCGUCUCAGGGGAAUGCAGAAGUACAAAACGACCUCUCAGAGGUUGAGAUGUCUGGUGAAGCAGCUGGAUAAGGGCGAGGUGAAUGUUGUGGAUCUCAGGAAGAACAUUGAAUAUGCCGCCUCAGUGCUGGAAGCGGUCUACAUCGAUGAAACGAGACGCCUGCUGGAUACAGAGGAUGAGCUCAGCGAUAUCCAGGCGGACUCCGUGCCCAUGGAGGUGCGCGAUUGGCUGGCGUCUACCUUCACCAGAAAGAUGGGCGUCGUGCGACGGCGGCCAGAGGAGAAGCCACGGUUUCGCAGCAUCGUUCAUGCCGUGCAGGCCGGAAUCUUUGUGGAGAGGAUGUACAGGAGGACGUCGAACAUGGCCGGGCUGACGUAUCCUCCAGCUGUGAUCCUCGCUCUCAAGGACGUUGAUAAAUGGUCAUUUGAUGUCUUCACACUUCAUGAGGCAAGCAGCGAACACGCGCUGAAGUUCCUGGUGUAUGAACUGCUCACCAGAUACGACCUGAUCAACCGCUUCAGGAUACCCGUGUCUUCUCUGGUGGCAUUUGUGGAGGCUUUGGAGGUUGGCUACAGCAAGCACAAAAAUCCGUACCACAACCUGAUCCAUGCUGCUGAUGUCACACAGACCGCACACUAUCUGAUGCUCCAUACUGGCAUUAUGCACUGGCUCACCGAACUGGAAAUAUUGGCCAUGGUGUUUGCUGCUGCUAUUCACGACUUUGAACACACUGGGACGACCAACAACUUCCACAUCCAGACCAGGUCAGAGGUGGCCAUCCUGUAUAAUGACCGCUCGGUUCUAGAGAACCAUCAUGUGAGCGCCGCCUACAGACUCAUGCAGGAGGAUGAGAUGAAUAUCCUCAUCAACCUGUCGAAAGACGACUGGAGAGAGUUGCGAACGCUGGUGAUCGAAAUGGUCAUGAGUACAGAUAUGUCCUGCCAUUUUCAGCAGAUUAAAACCAUGAGGAACUCACUGCAGCAGCCAGAGGGGAUUGACAAGCCCAAAGCUCUGUCUCUAAUGCUGCAUGCAGCGGACAUUAGCCACCCAGCUAAAGGCUGGAACCUGCACUACCGAUGGACUCAGGCUCUGAUGGAGGAGUUUUUCAGACAAGGUGAUAAAGAGGCAGAGUUAGGACUCCCAUUUUCUCCACUGUGUGAUCGUAAGGCCACGAUGAUCGCCCAGUCCCAGAUAGGCUUCAUUGACUUCAUCGUGGAGCCCACGUUCUCUGUGCUUGUGGACACCACAGAGAAGAUCAUCACUCCUCUCAUAGAGGAAGCUUUAAAGUCAGGUGGCGUCCGCAGGGCGAGUUUAACAGGACGAGGUUCGGCCGCCGUGGUCGAGUCGGUACAGAGACACAGUGAGCGAGACUCAGUGCCCACUGACUACUCACUCGCCGGCAUCGACCUCAAACGUGUCCGACACACACUCUCCGAGAUCAUCCAGAGCAACAAGGAGCGAUGGAAGGAGCUGUCUGUUCAAGAACUGGCCAGUAAGGAGCGAGAGCAGCGUUCCGAGCGUGAAGAUUUAUCCCGUAAAUCCGACGUCACUCUGAUUCGCAGCAGUCGUGAUUCCGAGUCGAAGUCCCUCAGUGAAGUGAACAACACUGACUCCCUUCACUCAUCCCAGGACUCUUUAGAGCAAAGCGCUGCAUCGCACAGUGCUGACCCAACCGAUGCCAGUCCUGAUGCCACUCCUGACGCCAGCCCUGAUGCCAGCCCAGAUGCCGAUCGGCCGUUACCAUGGAAUGGCAAAACCGCCUGAAUGGAAAAAACAUCGCAAACGUCGCGAGCUCUUACACUGUGUGUGUGUACUGUGGCAUAAACCUCAUAAUCCCGUAUGGGUGCUGUACAUAGCACUGUGGCCAUCAUAUCAUAACGCUACUGUUUCCUCUGCUCCUCGGGAAGGGGAGGGGUCAAGCUGACUGAUGUUUCCAUGACACCGAGCAUCGCCAUGGGAGACGCGGGGAUGCUGCGUUGUCAUGGCAACUUUGUUUCUUUGCAAGGAGACAGAGCUCGGCCGGAAGCUCUGGGUAUCCAGAAAAAAUGCAACGCUGCCUCUUCACCUUCAUUUUCUGUUUCAGUUCUUUACUUUUGUAAAUUGGCUUUCGUUUUGUUUUGUUUUCUAGUCAUUUGUAUUGGUAAUUUAUUAAAGAUUGUUCUGCUUCCCUUUAAGCCAUAAUCCAUUUCUUUUGUAUAUUGUUUCCCUUGAUGCUAUAGACACUAUGGCAUAACACUGCAGGAAGAAACAGUAAAUGAAGACUACAUGAACAAUGUGACUCUUUGCAUAAAUAUACAGACGGGAACUAAAAACUUGAAGGAAAAAACAGUGGCUCUGUUCUGCUCUGGGGGGCAUUUAUUUAUUUUGCUGACAUGGUUUGGCAACACUUGUCCUCUUAGAGUGAAGCAUCACUGCAAGUCAAUAUAAAGUUCCUCUGACUAAACACAUUUAUCAUAUGAUGAAACAUUUCUAUCCUGAUGGGCGUGGUCUCUUCCAGGAUGACUCCGCCCCUAUCCACAGGGCACGAAGGCUCACUGCAUGAGGAUGUAAACGAUAUAAAUCAUAUGCUAUGACCUUCGCAUUCACCAGAUCGACAGCAUUGGAUACAUAUCCAUUUGAUAUUUUGGACUGGCAUGUUAGAUAAUGCUCUUCACCACCAUUGACUUAUUGGCAUUUCCUUUAAUUUGGCUCCCGUCUGUAUCUUAAGGCCGCUCCCUAGGUAGGCAGCAUUCUUAAGAUAAAGGCAGUCCUCCCAUUCAGAAAGUACCUACCCUGUGAGUUCUCUUAUUUUUAGCAGAUUUGAGAGCAGCACUGCAUUCCUCAGAGUGUAGGCAAUGCCAUAAUUCUGUUCACCAGAUUAGCAUGCCUUGGAAGCUAUGAAAGAAAUAGUGACUGAGACGGAGAAGUUUGUUUAUAAAUGUAAACAAGUUGCUCUUUUCAUAGCGAACAGUUAUAUAUGUAUAUUUGUGCUUGCAGUUGGUAAUGUAACACAACUUCACAGAUUAUGCAUUUGACUUACUAGCUACUAAAACUAGCUACUUAGCUAGCUAUGUUUUCAGCAGGUGCCAUUUUGCACCCUAAUGAAUAUUUCGUUUUUUCCCUAUAAGGCAGGAAUGUCAAACUCAUUUUAUCAACCACAUUACACUUGUUCCAAUGUCAAGUGGACCAGACCAAAAAAAUCUUUUUUUGUUACCGAUUACACAUCAAAGUCUCUAAAAUAUGUUAUUUUUUGCAUGUACAUGAUGAAAUAUUCAUGCAUAAGUAUUCACAACAUCUUGGAACUGGAUUAUAUGCCAUGAGAAUAGCCCAUAAUAGGGACGGGAAUGGGGUGUGGGGCAGAGGGGGGAUCAAUAUAGUUUGCAAAAUUAUUUACAAAUAGUAAAAUUUGGGCUUGCAUAAGUAUUCACACCCGUUCCUGUGAAACUCCUAAAUUCCUUUGGAAAGUGACGCAUUUUUUCAUUAGUUUAUGGCCGUGCUCUGUUUUGCCCCUAGUGGAAUAACAGAGACUAGCUCGUCAUUUUUAAAACUUUCAACUCAAUUACAGCCCACAAGCUGACUUUACUUUAUAAGGAACAGAUUCUAAAUUAAUUUGGUGGGCCGGAAACCUUUAUCGGGCCAUAUGUCAGAUGUCCCUACAACAGAGCAGGAAGCUAGAACUGUUAAUCAUCUGAUGAACCCUUAAGGAAGCCCUUUUUUCUAACAGAGCUGAUGAUGUGUUCAGCAUCAGUCCACAAUCCAUCCUCAGGUUAGGUAAAGUGAUAGUAAAUAAAUAUCACACACACAGUGUAUUAAAAACGUUAUGAUGUAUGAUGAAGAGUUAUAAACACAGUGGAUGCUUUUGGGAUCAAAAUGAGAGGAGGCCGUUUGAAAGAUGCAGUUAUUCAGGCAGCUUAUUCUUUUUCAUACAGAUUAGGAAACAAAUAGCUCAUUAUACUUCAAAUCAGCUGUGUAUAUUUCAUAUCAUAGUUUUCUAACAUUGAGCAAAUGUAUAUGAUCAGCUGCAGUUAUCUAUUCUACACAUCACAAUAAUUUAUGAAGCAUUAAAUCAUUUUUAUAAACACAA